AUGUCGGAUGCUUUGAUCAAUGGACUGGCCGGAGCUGGAGGAGGGAUCAUUGCUCAGCUCAUCACAUACCCACUUUCAACUGUUAACACUCGUCAACAAACCGAGCGUGAUCCGAAGAGAGACACGAGGAGUCAAGGCGCCCUCGAACGAAUGUGCCAGGUUGUAAAAGAAGAAGGGUGGGAACGGUUGUAUGGAGGUUUGAUGCCAUCUCUGGUGGGUACAGCUGCGUCUCAGGGUGUUUACUAUUAUUUCUAUCAAAUAUUCAGGAACAAGGCUGAAGCAGCUGCUUUACAACAAAAGAAAAUGGGUCUCGGUGAUGGAUCAGUUGGGAUGCUUUCCUCACUUCUUACUGCUGCUUUAUCUGGGUGUGUAAACGUGCUCUUGACAAAUCCCAUUUGGGUAGUUGUUACCCGUAUGCAGGCACAUAGACAAGAGUCAAACCAUGCACCUGAUCAGAGUUUGUUCGUUGCCACUGAGCAAGCAAUUAUUUCUGCUGUUGAACCUCAUCCUUAUGAAACUAGCCAUGUGAUUCGAGAAAUCUUUGAUGAAGCUGGUAUUUGGGGUUUCUGGAAAGGUGUAUUACCAACACUGAUCAUGGUAAGCAAUCCUGCCAUACAGUUCAUGCUGUAUGAAGCCAUGCUGGAAAAGUUAAGAAAAAGACGUAAUAGCAACAGGGUAACUGCUUUAGAGAUAUUUCUUCUCGGAGCUUUAGCUAAGCUUGGAGCUACUGUUGUAACUUAUCCGCUCCUAGUUGUAAAGGCAAGGCUCCAGGCUAGACAGGAUAAAACAGGAGACAGGAGGCACCAUUACAAAGGUACUUGGGAUGCCAUUAUUAAAAUGAUCCGAUAUGAAGGGUUGAAUGGUUUUUACAAAGGUAUGGGCACAAAAAUUGUACAAAGUGUGCUUGCAGCUGCUGUUAUAUUCACGAUAAAAGAAGAACUAGUUAGGGGGGUUCAGUUCUUGCUUGCCAAGGAUGCUGCCAACACUGUAAAGCUAAAGCAUUCGUGA